AUGAGAAAAGCCCUUGAUCCUUAUCAUAUUCUCAAAAGCUACCCUUACUUUUUCCAAAAUUUAACUGAAGAAGAAUCACAAAUAUUUGAGUUCAUCAUAAUGAAUGAAAAAAUUUCUGCAGAAAAAUACGGGACUUUAAUUAAGCCAUUCAAAAAGUCUGUAGGCCCUUAUGAUCUUGAAGCCCAGACAGGGUAUUCAGAUGGCCUUCAAAAUGCUUAUUUUAAUAUAGAAAAUUUUGUUAUUGGAGAUGAAAACUAUAGAGUGUUGUCUAUUGAGUUCUUAGGAGAUCAUAAAGAUGAGCCUUAUUGCUUUGGACCGCCGAGGUUUAGACCAAGAGACUUUAUAGGGAAUAACAGCUUUUAUGAAAGGCUUGAAAGAUCUUUAUUUUGCUGGAGAUGGGUGGAUAAGGACGAUAGCAGUUUUAGAGCAGUUACAAUUGAAGAUGUCCCUGACACUGUUAGUGGGUUAAAUUAUCCUAUAAGAUCUCUUAUAAAGCCUCAAGAUUUAAUCGGGACUCCUGAAUUUUAUGAGCAAAUCAAUGAAAAUGAUAUAUUCAAUUAUAGACAAAUAUAUAGAUCACGCUACGAAGAUAGCUACAGGGUUGUUACCAUUGAAAAUGAAUAA